AUGAAAAGAUGCGUGUCAAGGCUGAAAAAGGUUAUCGCAGUUCUGACACUUGGGCAGCUAGCCAAAUGUUGGCUUCCCUUCACAGGGAAAGGAGCAACAUGGAUAGUGGCCACAGCGAAAGGGGGGUAUGCCUACACCGAAUAUGUUCUUCCCAAUAGCGUCGUUAACAAGCCCUCCGGACAAUACUUCCCCCUCCGUAGAAGAUUCACCACGAGACGUAAAAAAAAUGAUUUUCCAUUGCAAAGAUAUAGCCUUCAUGACGAAUGUGGUCGACGGAACUGGGUGGAGAAGAGAGCCUCCUUCCUAUUCUUUCGUGUAUCUGCACAUAUAGGAGAAGCGAACAAAAGUCGUCAGACAGCGCAUGCGAAUAGGCAGCAUGUAUAUCGUGUCGGAGGAACGUACCUCCCUCCCCGCUCCAUCCAACUGUUCUCAUCUAGUCGACAAUGUGAUCCCUGCGAUGGAAACCGCGACACAUCCCCAAACGAAUGCAUAAAGCCGCUCCCUCCCAAUAAAACAAGCGAACGUGUAGAGUCAGCCGAGCAGAAGGAGGAAGAAGAAUGUGAGAGGGUUUUCCUAACAGACACCAAGUAUUACAAAAGGAGCAAAUACUCCAAAGCAGGUUUCAUAAAAAAAAAAACAGGAGAAGAAAGGCAAUUGACAAUUGGAAACAAUGGACAGCGCUUUCAUCAAAAGGGACUACUCCACAAUGAACUUCCUCCCAUCACCUCUAUCGAAUCGGAGGGUGAUCUCCUCACAAAUCACAUGAGAAAAGGCGCACAAAAUGAGCACCUCAAUUUGCCACAAUUUUUUAUCACUAACUACUAUGCGGAUAAGAAUAGGCCUAACGAGCUCGAUCUAACAAUAGACCCGCAUACAAAAGAAAGCAGUACUAAACCAAUGGGUACGAUAAAGAAUGAAAAAGAAGAGGAGAAUUACACAAGUGGUAAGCAGAGUAGUAGGGCUGUAUCUUUAAUGAACGAGUUCACCGUGAUUGGGGAAAUUGUAGGAGUACACGGACUACAAGGAUGGUUAAAGGUAGUAAGUUUUACCACAUUUAACGAUAUAAGAUUCAAGAAAAAUAUGUACAGGUAUUUAUUUAUGAAUACGCACCCCUACCCUCUUCCAAUUAAAUUAACAGAUGUGAAAGAAUCCCUAAAGGUAGGGUUUCUGUACGUCAAAAUUGAAGGAAUAAAUUCAAGAACAGAUGCACUUAAAUUAAAGUCCUGUCUAAUUUGUGAUGAUAAAAGGAAAUUCCCAAGCUUAAGUGAAAAUCAGUACAUAUCUACUGACCUACUCAAUUUUCAUAUAUUCAUUUUUAAUGACCUUACCAAUACCUGCAUAGGAAAAGUCCUCUCCUUCAUAUCCAAGUACGAUUAUAUAUGUAAGAAAUCCACACAAAGCAUUGCAGAAGAUUUGAUUAAAAUUCAAAUCAAAAAGGACAUUUCUCUGCAAAAAGUUUUCCACAUCAUAUCUGCUGCGCAAAUGUAUGCCAUGAGAACCGCGUCUUCUUCCCCUUCCACAGCGGGGGAGGGGAAACCCGUCAGGGUGCUCAUCAACCGGAAAGGCUUUUCCCUCACGGGUGAUCUAGACGGUGAGCUAAGCGAACAACUACGCGCGGAAGAGUAUAAGAUGGAGCACGGCAAUAACCAAGACUACGGUGGGGGUGACGAACAAGACCGCAUCUUAAACGACGAACCAGUGAAGGGCGACAAGAACUACUACGACUCACUUGACAACUUUGAAGGCUGCUCUUACAAAAAGAUUUACAAGUGUGACUUCUGUGAAGAUGUGUAUGAAGACCUUCGGGAGGCGAGCGAACACGAAAGUUCGCACUUCCCCACGGAUGAGGAACUGCUGUUUAACGCAUCCCAGGCCAGCUCCCCCAAGGAAAACCUAUACGAGGUGGACAGGAACAUGGUCUCCAAGCUAAAGCCUAUCGAUUACUUCUUCAUCCCCAUCGUGAAGGACAAAACGAUCAGGUCAGUAAAUUACGAACUUAAGCAAAUGUACCUCGACGUAUCAACCAUUUUUUUGUUGGAUGACCAGAAAAAGACUUAG